AUGGAAGGCUCCAAUGGCUUUGGGAUUGACUCCAUUCUCUCCCACCGAGCAGGCAGCCCCGCCCUUCCCAAGGGGGACCCCUUGCUCGGGGACUGCCGCUCGCCCCUGGAGCUGAGUCCGCGCUCAGAGAGCAGCAGCGACUGCUCUUCACCAGCCUCGCCAGGAAGGGACUGUCUGGAGACAGGUGCCCCGAGGCUCGGCGGGGCAUCGGGCCCAGGUUUGGACUCCCACCUGCAGCCUGGGCAGCUCUCUGCCCCAGCCCAGUUGCGCACCGUGACCUCCUCCUUUCUGAUCAGGGACAUCCUUGCUGACUGCAAACCACUCGCGGCCUGUGCACCUUACUCUAGCAGCGGGCAGCCGGCCACCCCUGAGCCUGGGGGACGCCUUGCGGCCAAGGCCGUGGAGGACUUUAGAGACAAGCUGGACAAAAGUGGCAGCAAUGUCUCGUCGGACUCUGAGUAUAAAGUGAAGGAGGAGGGCGACCGCGAGAUCUCCAGCUCGAGGGACAGUCCCCCGGUGCGCCUGAAAAAGCCCCGCAAGGCGCGAACGGCCUUCACCGACCAUCAGCUGGCGCAGCUGGAGCGCAGUUUCGAGCGGCAGAAAUACCUGAGCGUGCAGGACCGCAUGGAGCUCGCCGCCUCGCUCAACCUCACCGACACGCAGGUCAAGACCUGGUACCAGAACCGCAGGACUAAGUGGAAGCGACAGACCGCCGUCGGGCUGGAACUGCUGGCGGAGGCAGGCAAUUACUCAGCGCUCCAGCGGAUGUUCCCGUCGCCUUAUUUCUACCCGCAGAGUCUAGUUUCCAACCUGGAUCCCGGCGCCGCCCUGUAUCUGUACCGCGGGCCCAGCGCGCCGCCGCCCGCCCUGCAGAGACCCCUGGUGCCCCGCAUCCUCAUCCACGGACUCCAGGGCGCCAGCGAGCCGCCCCCGCCGCUGCCCCCGCUGGCCGGCGUCCUCCCGCGCGCCGCGCAGCCUCGGUGA